AUGUAUCGGAAUAAUCUAUCCUCGUAUGCACAAGAUUCCAGAAGAUCAUCAAAGGUCUUUAAUGACACACCAGCAUACCAACAAAGACUAACUUCACAAUUGGAUAGAAUUGCUCAAUUGAAAAUAGAAUUAGUACCAUAUCUAAACUCCAAUGAAAAGCAAAGGGCUGUAUCGGGGGCUUUGAAGACUAUCAAACUGCUUGUUGAACAACUUUUAGAACAUGGAGAAGUAUCAAAUCGUACUGUUCAGGCAAUUGAUGAAUAUAUCUGUGCCUUAUCUAAUUUGAAUCAAAUUACUCCACUCAAACAAUCUCAUAAACGAACUUCAUCAUUUCAAAUGCCUGAAUAUGGGAUAUUUCAAGAUCGAAUUUCUAAUCUUUCACCGUCAGUGUCAACAAAAUCAAUGUAUGAAGUACAUCCAACGUCGCAAGAUGAUGAGGAUGAUGAUGAUGAUAGUGAAUUUGAAGAUGAAGAGAAACUGCAUUUACAUCUACCUGUGGACCAACCACAAUUGAAACAAUUGGCUAUUGGUCAAAGUAGGACAUCCUUACCGUUCAAUAGAACAUCUCCAGGACUCCCAUAUAUAAACACUCCUACAAGGCUCCCUUAUCACCAACACCUACUCAAUCAACAAACACCAGAAUUCCCAGAGUUUAAACGCAAUGUCAGCCGGUUUGACACUGCCAGAUCUGGGAAACAGCUUAGUAUCCGCCCAUCUAUGCGACCAAUAUAG